AUGGCCGAGCAGCUGCUGAGCAUGAGAUGCCGACAUCCUUCGCACGACCAUCUGCCACCCAUUACGCUUCGUAGACCUUCUGACGAUAUGGUGGUGUCGGGCGCAGGCGCUGCUGGGCGGAUAGUUGUGGUGGGCGUUGGAGGAGCCACGUGUUCCGGCAAAACAACGCUCGCCAAGCAUCUGCUGCACAUCCUCAACCCGUCAUCUGACUCCGGCUCCGAUGGUGCAGCGUCCUCAGGAAGCAACCGGGCACACGGCAUCUUGGACGCCUUCAUACUGCAUCAGGAUGACUUUGCACCGCCCGAAGCCACGUUGCCCGUGAACGAGCAAUUUGGUGUGACGGACUGGGAUCACCCACCCACAGCGAUCGACUACGAGAGGAUGCGCUCGACGAUCGAGCAUAUCAAGACCACCGGCUCGUUUCCGCCUGGCUUCUCGUCGCACGACCAUCUCAACGCACAGCCGGACUGUCCGAUCUCGGAGCAGGUCUCGACGACAUGGCGCGACAAAUUCGGCUCGCUGUCUACCAACCACGGCGUGCGCAUUAUGCUGGUCGACGGCUUCCUGCUCUACUACGAUGCGGCGGUUCGCUCGACAAUGGACGUCAAGAUCUUCCUGCGCACGCCGCGCGCCGUGCUCAAGCAGCGACGCGACGAGCGCUUUGGCUACGCUACCGCCGAAGGAACCGUGUGGAAGGACCCCGAGGGCUACUUUGACAACAUCGUCUGGCCCGCCUACGAGCUCGCCCAUCGCGGCGUCUUUGGGCGCCACGACGUGGAGAACGGCAAAGCCGUUAAACCGGAUCCCGAUGCCAAGCCGGUUGCCGGAGGACCGGUCGAAGGUCUUUGCGUUCUCGACGUCGCUCCGGCACAACAGGCGGACAGUGCAGCAUCGACGUUCUCGAGAGAGAUGACGCAGCUGGUGGACGAGACAUGUGCGGCGAUAUGGACAUUCCUCACGGCGUCGCAGCCGUCGCCGUCGUCAUCGUCACCCCCCUCGCCGUCACUGCCACCACCCAAACGCCGCUCCGUCAUCUCGCCCCCACUUGCAUACUCCGCCAUGUUCAUCAUCAACUGGUUCUGGGACAUUCUUGCCCAGCUCGGCCUGGCGCACAAGAACGCCAAGAUCCUUUUCCUUGGUCUGGACAACGCCGGUAAGACGACGCUUCUGCACAUGCUCAAGAACGACCGUCUCGCCACAUUGCAGCCAACGCUUCAUCCCACCUCGGAAGAGCUUGCGAUUGGUCAGGUCAAGUUCACCACAUACGAUCUGGGCGGCCACCAGCAGGCGCGUCGUCUGUGGAAGGACUACUUCCCCGAGGUGGACGGCAUCGUGUUCCUGGUGGACACGCAGGACCACGAGCGCUUCGCCGAGGCACGCGCCGAGCUCGACGCGCUGCUCUCCAUCGAGGAACUCUCCAAGGUUCCCUUCCUCAUCCUCGGCAACAAGAUCGACGCUCCCGGUGCUGUGUCCGAGGAGGAACUGCGCCAGGCUAUUGGCCUCUACCAGACCACCGGCAAGGGCAAGGUGCCCCUCAAGGACAUUCGCCCCAUCGAGAUCUUCAUGUGCUCCGUCGUCAUGCGCCAGGGUUACGGAGAGGGCUUCCGCUGGAUCUCCCAGUACAUCUGA